AUUGGGAUCCAACAAAUAACCCAAUAGCGAAAUCUACUUCACAUUUUAGAUCAGAAUAUCAGCAGAAAAACUGGUAUGCUAAAAUUUUACAGCUUCUCGAUGUGAAGACACCGACUUCUUCAAAUUUCAAGAAAAAAAAAAAAGUACAUAUUAAAAACAUGAAAACGAGUAUGCAUUCAUAGAACUUAACCAGUACUUCAUUGGAUCUCACUUUCUCACUUACACACAAACACACAGAGACAGAGACACACAAGUCACACAGAGAGAAAUGUCAAGGCGAUCUACCACGUGCUUGCGGUGUUGUCUGGUUGUGUUUGCAGUAGUAUCAGCUUUAGCAGUGUGUGGUCCGGCUCUGUAUUGGAGAUUGAAGGAGAGUUUAAAGCUUGGUGGCUCUUCCAAACCUUCUUGUCCUCUUUGCACGUGUGAAUGCCCUCCUCCUCUCUCCCUUCUCAAGAUUGCUCCUGGGCUAGCCAAUCUCUCUGUCACAGAUUGUGGAGGUAAUGACCCAGAUCUCAAGCAGGAGAUGGAGAAGCAAUUUGUGGACCUUCUAACAGAGGAGUUGAAACUGCAAGAGGCUGUUUCUGAGGAGCGUGUUCGCCAUAUGAACAUUACCUUUGCUGAAGCUAAAAGGGCGGCUUCCCAGUACCAGAGGGAGGCAGAAAAAUGCAAUGCUGCCACUGAAACCUGUGAGGAGGCCAGAGAGCGGUCUGAGGCACUGCUGAUCAAGGAGAGAAAGGUGACUUCAUUGUGGGAGCUUAGAGCCCGUCAAAUGGGUUGGGAAGGGGAAUAGGACUGUAAAAUUUGGUAUAAUCUUUUCAGAUGAAGUAGUGAAUCGUUCUAUCCGUGGUUAUUAUACAAGCAGGCAAGCAAAGUGCUAGUUGACACCUUGUUGAGGCAGAUACUCUCUCUCAGAUGACAUGUAUGCCAAUCAUUAAAUUAUAAAUGAUGUUGUAAUGGAUCUCUCAGCUCUACCAUUUACUACUACAUGCAGAUAUGAUGUAUCUGGAAAUGCAUUACUUGUUACAAGCAUUUCCUUGCUGGUUAGGAACACAAUUUCAGACUGUUUGUCAUGUGUAUGUAAUUUCAGCUGAUAUUUAACCAGUUCAACCAAAUUGGCUUCCACUUGGAGAACUUGAUGUUUAAAUAUCAGAUGAAUACAGAAUUAUGAAUCUUUUUAUUACGCAGAAGAACGAUGACUUCCAUCAUCAAUUAGGUAAA